AUGGUGAUGACAACGGAAAGGAGGAAGGUGGCAGACAUGCUAAAUUUUCUUCGGGGCGAGAGGACUCGAGUCCAACUAGCUCUCAUCACGGUCCAGUUGGGCUACGGUGUCUAUUAUGUCCUGACCAAGGCAGCCAUAAGUGGGGGAGUGAACCGGUUUGUCUUUGCAGUGUACAGGGACGCAAUUGCUCUGUGUCUACUGGAGAAAAAUCUACGAACUCCCUUGACAGUACCCAUCUGCUUGCUCAUCUGCUUGUUGGGAUUCAUGAGCAUAUAUCUGCAGCAGACUCUAUUUCUGGCCGGUUUGGCCUACAUCAACACGGCUUUCGCAGCCGCCAUGCAGAAUGCCAUUCCAGUCUUCAUAUUCAAUAUUGCAGUCGUCUGUAGGUUCGAGGUCCGCUUGAACAAACCCGAUGGCAUGGCCAAAGUGGUGGGCAUCUUCUCAGCAGUAAUUGGGGCUUUCACGAUGUGUCUUUACAAGGGCCCAAAUAAUUUCGGCACAGAACCGGAACAGCAGGAGCAGGCAGCUGAAAACGUGGCGAUCAGUGGUGCGGAUAGUUGGCUGGCCUCCACUCUGCUCAGCUAUGGAGUCGAUUACUGGCAGAUGGGUGCUCUGUGCCUGGUGGCCAACUGCCUCUGCAUGGGUAUAUACACGACCCUGCAGAUCCCUGCAUUGAAGAGGUUCCCAGCCCCUGCCUCGCUCUCUGCUUCUUCCAUCUUCGUCGGAGCCUUAUGUCUUCUGAUCACGGGGCUCUCGAGCGUGUCUGAAGCUUCUGAAUGGAUGCUGCACUCUCCUGGGACGAUUGUGUCAGUGGUGUACGCUGGAGCUGUUGCUUCCGGACUCAACUUCUCUCUGCAGACAUGGGCGAAUCAGCGUGGUGGCCCAGUGCUUGUAGCUGCCUACAUUCCUCUCCAGACUGUGUUCUCUGCAGUUCUUGGAGUUGUCAUUCUAGAUGACCCUCUUUACUUGGGAAGCGUCAUCGGAGCUGUGCUCAUCUUGGUCGGUCUGAACCUCGUCAUCUGGGGCCAGCGUCUGCUCAGGCUUGCCAAAGAGAGAGAUUGUCUUGCAUUUCCAUUUCAAGCUGCGGAAGAUGAUGUUAAAGUGCCUCUGCUCCAAAAUCAACCAGUUAACACAACGUACGGCUCGGUUCGAAGAUGA